AUUGACGUGGACACAACACUUUUUUCUGUCAACAACCGUAACCGAGAUUGGAACGUCGCGUUCGCUCCGUUUCUUACUGCAUUUACAAGAUUUGCCUACGUCGGAUCGUGUGUUAUUCGGAACCGUUCAGCAGCAGCUCAAGUGACGCGAAAUGGAUCAAUUGACGAAAUUCUACGAACCUGGCCGCUCGUUCGCUAAGGAUUCCAUCCGACUGAUUAAGCGUUGCACCAAGCCCGACCGCCGGGAGUUCCAGAAGAUCGCCAUCGCUACAGCUAUCGGGUUCUGCAUUAUGGGAUUCAUCGGUUUCUUCGUGAAACUGAUACACAUCCCGAUCAACAACAUCAUCGUCGGAUCAUAAGCUGCGCAUCACUCAUCUACACACCCCCGACUCCCUACUAAAACACCGACUGAUAUCCCUCCACAUCCGACGCGUUCUUCAACUUUCUCCGUGACCUAUCUUCCACACUCACGAUUCCUGAACUGGCACGAAGGCGAACGGUUGGCAUCUAUAUGGAGGAACAACAAACCCCGUGGCACCUUUCGCGCAGACCAGCCAGCUCUGCUUCGUGGCACUUGUCGCUGUUUGGUGGACCGAGUUUCGGAGCCGUUUCCUUGCGCUUGCAACUAUUAUAGUGUGUAAUUCCGUUUUCGUGCGUUAUUAGAUGUAAUCCAAUCGCGUGACGCUCGUCGUUGGACGAGUGUUACGUAUUUUUUGUGAAAACGAAUAAAUAAUUUAUUGUUUC